UUUUUCUCCGUCGUUCCCCAAUGGCUUGCGUUCACUCAGUAGAAUUUUGUUUCUAGACGACAGCGAGUGAACUACCCUAACAUGUUGACCAGCGCUUCUACAGAAUACAGAAUUUGAUAAGGAUUACUGUUUCUUUGGAAGUAACGUUUUAAACCUGGACUGAACCCAAUUGGAUUGAAACUGGACAGAACUCCGCGCUCGAUUGAUACCUGUUACGCAUAUGAAUCUCGAGGUGCCACAAUUUACCAAUGAGAAGCAUUUACAUCACGGGAGAAAAACAAACAUAUAUGGAAUCUCUUUUUGCACCUAUGGUGCUUUUGUGAAGUGGAACAAAGGAAUGGAAGCGGUUGGUUCCUAAAGCAGUGAGUUCCUGGCGCUGUGGGUUCCUGAAGCUGUGAGUCCCUGAGUUUGUGGGUUCCUGAAGCUGUGAAUCCCUGAAGUUGUGAGCUCUGAAAGCUGAUUUACUGAAGUUGUGGGUUCCUGAAACUGUAAUUUCCUGAAGUUGUGAGUUCCUGAAGCUGUAGCUUCCUGAAGCUGUGGCUUCCUAAAGCUGAACUGUAGCCUGUAAAGUCUAAAAGCUAUGAAGGAAAUCUUUGUCGGGAUUCUAAGAGUUUCCCUGCUUCUACUGCUGGUCAGACCCAAUCCCCUGGUCUGCCAGCUUACCACAGACCAUAGGAAGGUUCCGCAGAGGGCAGAGCCCCAGCAGCAGGAGGCCGGUGGAGAACAGGGUCGGGCUCCGGGCUCCUGGGGCUCCUGGGGGCCCUGGACCUCCUGCUCCCUCUCCUGUGGGGGAGGGGUCCAGGAACAGGUCCGCCCCUGUCUGCCAUCCUACACUCCCUCCUUGGCUGCAGCUGCCUACCCCUCCAGGCCGGGUGGUCACCAGCAACGGCACCCCCACCAGAAGCCAGGCCGCAGAGCGUCUGCCCAGAAGUCUACUGUCCCACUACGCCACAACAGCCCUGGGAGACCACUGCACUCUGACACCGUGGGCCAGGCCCACAGAGAGGGAGUCAGGGGCCAGCAGAGUGCAAGCGAGGCUCAGGCCCAGACUGGACGCAGGAGGGGCGGUGACACUGACAGUCAGAUCACCCCAGGGAAGUAUGGAUUCGGGAAGAUGCCUUACGUUGUGCCACUCCAGACGGACACAGGUCUGACAUCUGGGACCGAAGGGACAGGGAAAGCUCCCUCCCACAAACAAAGACGCUCCCCAAUCUCUGACUCCAGCCUGUCAACAAGCAGGCACGGAGGCUACAGGCCAAACCACCGGCGUCCGCUUUAUAACAACCCGCGUGUCCACAGCUACAGCCCGGUCCAUAGCCAGAUCCCAGUUUCUCAGGCCCGGCCCAGGCCUAAUCUUAGUUCUAACUCAACCCCUCAAUCCCAGGCUAACUCCAACCCAGCCUGGUCUUCCUCACUCUACCAGCCUGGACAGAUGCACCUCCAAACCAGGCAGGAGCCGCAGCCCUCUUACAACCCGACCUCAACAGCUCAGCAGCCCCAAGGACGACCUUAUAACCCCCUGCCCAAUUCCGCCUGUUCGGGAGAAUACAACCAGUACAGGAUCUGCAACACCAAUGCCUGUCCUCCGGCUAGUGGACACAUCAGAGCAGUACAGUGUUCUUCCUACAACAGCCGUCCUUUCAUGGGUCGACUAUACGAGUGGGAGCCUUUCAAUGAAGUUCCUGGGGACCAGCAUUGUGAGCUGAACUGUCGUGCUAUCGGUUUCCGCUUCUAUGUGCGUCAGUCGGACCGGGUUAUUGAUGGGACGCCAUGUGGCCGGAAUGAGACGUCCAUCUGUGUGGCGGGGAGGUGUCAGAGUCUGGGCUGUGAUGAGUAUCUGGGCUCAGGCAAGAUGAUGGACAAGUGUGGGGUGUGUGGUGGUGACAACACGGCCUGUAAGCUGGUGUCAGGGCUAUUCCAGCAGCACAGCCUGAACAAGGUGGGCUACCACAAGGUAGUGGAGAUCCCGGAGGGAGCCACCAAGAUCAACGUCACAGAGACAGUGAAGAGCCAGAACUACUUGGCUCUUAGAAGCCGCUCAGGUCGUUCCAUCAUUAAUGGAAACUGGGCGAUUGACCGGCCAGGGAAGUAUGAGGGGGUGGGCACCAUGUUCACCUACCGACGGCCUAAUGAGAUCACCAGCACCGCCGGGGAGUCCUUCCUGGCUGACGGGCCUACCAAUGAGAUUCUGGAUGUUUAUGUGAUCUACCAGCAGCCCAACCCAGGAAUAAGCUAUGAAUUCAUCCUUCCUUCUGCCAAGCCUCCACAGUACCCUGACCACAGAAACCCAGUACACCCACAGCAGCCCAACCACAGACCUGGAGGAAACACACUGCAUGAGCAGGGUGGGUAUGACCAACGGGGAAACCCAAACCAGGAGGGGUACGAUCCAGCAGGAGGGGGCAAGUACCCUUCACACCUACCAGACAACCAAGUGCCAGCUGUUCAGCCACCCAGACGACAGAGAGAAUACAACUGGAAACUGGCUGGAGCAACAGAGUGUAGUUCCUCCUGUGGCAGAGGUAGCAGGUACACCAUCUUCCACUGUGUCCACAGAAUGAGCCAUGAGCAGGCACCAGAGAACCAUUGUGACAGCAGCACCAGGCCCAACUCACAGGAGGAGCCUUGCAACGUCCAGCCCUGCCCUGCCUUCUGGGACAUUGGUGAGUGGUCAGAGUGCAGUAAGAAAUGUGGCCUGGGUAUGCAGCACCGCCAGGUCUUGUGCAGACAUGUGUACGCCAAUCGGACCCUGAACGUCCACGCCAGCCUGUGUCGUCACCUGGAGCAGCCCGAGACCUCCAGCACCUGCCAGCUGAAGAUCUGCAGCGAGUGGCAGAUAAACACAGAGUGGAGUGCCUGUUCGGUUCCCUGUGGCGUGGGACAGAGGACCCGCGAGGUGCAGUGUGUCAGCAAUGUGGGGGACGUGGUGUCAGAUGAUGAGUGCAACAUGAAGCUGCGACCCAGUGACAAAGAAAACUGUGACAUGGGGCCCUGUGCUAAGAGUUGGUUCUUUACUGACUGGGGAAAUAAGUGUUCUGCUGAGUGUGGGAUGGGCGUGCAGACCCGUGGUGUUCUGUGCCUGACCGAUCACAUUAGCAGCCUGCCUUUGGAGGGGUGUGGCCACCAGCGCCCCGCUGCCUCUCAGGUCUGUAACAAUGGCCCCUGUGAGAAUCGUAUCGAGUGGUUCACUGGCCCCUGGAGUCAGUGCUCAGCAGAGUGUGGCUCUGGCAGCCAGCAGAGGGCAGUGGUGUGUCUAAUGAAAUCAGACGAGGGGUUCAACGUUAUGCCACCCUAUGAAUGUUCCUCCCUGGACAAGCCUCCUAAUCAGCAGAGCUGCCACCACAAGAACUGUGGGGCAAAGUGGUACCACACAGACUGGAGCGCCUGUUCAAAGACGUGUGAGGGGGGCUUCCGUGUGCGCGAGGUGCGCUGUCUGUCUGACGAUACACUGUCCAGUGAGGCCUGUGAGGAGCAGCUGAAACCACGGGAGAGAGAGGAUUGCAACCCAGGACCAUGCGUGCCUCACAUAGAUGAGAACUGUCGAGACAAGUAUUUCAACUGCAACGUGGUGGUCCAAGCGCGUCUUUGUGUGUACGACUACUACAAGACAACAUGCUGUGCAUCCUGCACACGAGUGGCCGACAGACAGUCACAUCACCGGGGACGCAGCUAGCCCUCUCACACCAGGCCUCAGACCUCCAUCUGGGUCUGACACGGUGCCAAGAGCAUGCCCUCAGUCCCUGGGCCAAACACACUAACCCAAAUGGGAAAGAACAGUCGAUAACCUGCCUCUGGUUGGAAACUUGACUGGACACUUACCAUGAGUGACUUAAAAGAAAAGAAAGGCCAACUUCACAUUGGCUUGUAAGGAGAAGCCAACCAGAAUAGUUUAUGGAGGAUGGUUGUGAAGGACACUUUUAGUGAGUGGAGGAGCGCUGAUUAGGCGACAUGAUAGAGCACACCAAACAGAAAAAUCUGGAACCACUUCAUGGAUUGGAAGAAUAAUGUUCUGUUUUUUUUUUUUUUGGUUUAGUGGGAAGCAGCUUGCGGCUGCCAGUCACCUGAAUGGCUUAAGGUCUUGAAAGGGUAUUCAGCCGAAACUUGGAAAAUGUGCAGAAGUAAUAUUGUAUGAGUAGGGGUUCUAUUAUACUAAGGACUGCUAAUGCAUCUGUGAUGAGACGCUUGGCUACCAUGGCCCUCUGACACAAGAGAAGACAGAAAGGUAAAGCAACAUGAUAACAAUGUCGAGACUGGACACAUUUUUAUAACCUUCUUAACUUUAAAUCCACAGUAUUUAUAAUAUAAUUAACUACAUGCGGUAUGAAGUUUUACAUGUUUUUACAAAAAUCAUCACCAAUCAUGUAUCCUGAGAGCUCUAUUACAUACUAUCCUACAUACUGUAGCAGUUUAGUUAAUCAAAGAUUUCAGUAUUUCACAUGGGACGUAUCAAACAGUUAAGGCUCUAUCUGUCCAGAUCAAGUAAUGGUGUAAAGAUAAAUGAAAGGGCAAAUUACUAAAAUGUGAUUGUGCACCUUAACCUUCUUGACUUUUUGGACUGUCCAUCAAAGUGACCACAUAUCUCACUCGCAAAGAAAAUGGUAGAGCAACUGCACAUGUCAUGAGGUUAUAUAGCCUCCUCACACUGCAGUACAAACAGCACUGUUGAAUGCAGAAUAUACAAACAUGAAUAUCCUUUGUGUUAACUUGAACAUACUACAUUGUAAUGUAUUAUUGAUUGUGAGAUAUACAUGUCGAUUUUUAUGUGAAACAUUUAGGUCAGGUGGUCACAAAGUAUGGGUGCCCUGCGCGGGACUUGCAUUAGCUUUAGCUACAAAUACAGAAAACACUUCUGAUAAUGCUUUGGGAACUGUGUCUGACAUAUUAUAAAUUCUACUUAUGUUUAUGUGAGCAGUGAAAUUAAUCAUGUGUUGCCGCACACAAUCAGGUUGCAUAUCUCACUAUUUCUUGUACUCAAAUAUGCUGUGCUGUGACAUACAAUUUGUAUUUUUCCAUUUUAUUUUUAUUUAACAACAUUGUAUGUGCGGUAGGGUGUAUAUCAAUUAUCUGCGAGUGAGAGACGUGCACAAUUUGACCAAUAUUCCAGCACUAAGGUUUUGUAAGAAUUUUUCUUUUGCCAUCGCCCCCGUUGUUUGUGCUUUUAAGAGAUGACUAACUAGUUUUACUAAGGAAAUCUAUUCAACAAAUUAAGCUCUAAUAUGAUCAUGUUGUGUUUCAGUGUUUUAUAUUUCGCAGCACUGCGGUAUGUACUAUGUAAGGUAUAUACCAUAUAGUAUGAAUGUAUGUAUGAAUUAAUACAUUGGUGAACUGAAAGCAAUUCAUCAUAUCCUCUCAAUGACUUAAUUGAACUAAACAGAGCCUCUUUAUUUAUUUGUUGGGGUCCCCAGGGAUGGAGCUGGUUUAUCAGCCACCAGAGGCCCCUUUCGGCUGCAGUGUUAAAAUGUCUGUGGCCUCUCCACCAAUCACUGCAUAGAAAGGGAAUGUAGGCUUUACGCAGCAUACAGGAUGGUUAACAGAGACUGUUAGAAGUUCUAGGAAACAAAAAAGGGCCCAGUUGAUCAAAUGAACUCACAGAAUGGUGUUGGAUUCUGAAUAAAAACCUACUGCGUUACAUGGCUAUGAUGGGUUUCAUGAAUACCAACCGAAUACUAGUGAGUGAGAAAAAGGAUUUCCACCACGGUAACUCGUCUUAGCUGAAGUGACAAAUGAUCAGUAACAUUAUUCCCCACAGUACAUGUACUAACAUUUUCACAAAUUGAUUUCUUUGAGUGAAUUGCAGGUUUUACUCACAUAUAGUAUCUAAAUGUUAAGAAUGUGUGAUGAAUAGCAUGCUAGCAGAUAAUCUUGCCCAAUUAUUGUCCUCAGUGUUCCUUUCUGAGUCCAUCCAUCGUAGUACUGUUCACUGUAUUAGAAGGUUAUGGAGAAAUGCAACAUGGUUAAUGUGUUCUCAUCCUGUUAUAGUAUUGAGGUGCUAUGUCUGGCAUGGACUCCAUAGGCUGUAAGGACAUGACCAUAAAACAUAUGCUCUGCAAUUUUUAGGAAAUUAACCGAAUGUUCCAACUGCUAACUGGAAAUUAAAUAAAAUCUGGGACGUCUACAUGUGGUAAAUAUUAUUAAUUACCAAUAUUUUGGUUAUUCUAACGCAAAUACAUGCAAUGUAUAAUGUUUUGUUUAUUGUUUGCCAUCAAAUUUGUAACAAAACAUAAGACCAAUGUUACAAGGCAACUCAAUGCUGUUUUGUAUGAGAGCUUCAUGAACUUGUGAUAUAUGGCUCAAUUAAUUCAAACCUAUUUUGCACAUAUUAACCCAGUUGAUAUUUUUCUCCAUGAUCAAAUGAACAGACUACUAUGUACUAGGUACUGUUUGAAAACCUACAACUAUUACCAGGGUGAACUCCCUUACAGGUUUACUUUCACUUUUCAGAAAUAGUAGUCAUGGAAACAGGAUGAAUACUGUAAAUAAAGACACUGCCAAAACAUU